AUGAUCACCUCGAUACAGACUGUUGUUACUCUUUCGCUUGGCCUGGCGGGCCUUGUGAGAGCGCAAUAUGAUGCCGCACUGGUGGGCACAUGGUCGACAAAGUCCAAAGCGGUGGUCACCGGUCCUGGCUUUUAUGAUCCUGUUGCCGACAAAUUAAUCGAGCCCGACCUAGCGGGAAUUUCGUACUCCUUCACGAUCGAUGGAUAUUAUGAAGAGGCAUACUAUCGGGCAAUCUCAAAUCCAACAACUCCCCAAUGCCCUUCCUCCAUAAUGCAGUGGCAGCACGGCACGUACUCUUUGCCGGGAAACGGCUCUAUUGUCCUCACACCUUUCGGUGUUGACGGCCGCCAACUCACCUCCGCCCCCUGUUCCUACGACAACGCCAUCUACAUCCGCUAUGAGCAGUCCGAACUCUUCAAGUCCUAUCAAGUCCUCACCGAUCCCUACCACAACGUGCCCCGGCUAAAUCUGUACCAAUUUGACGGAAGUCCCAUGCAACCCAUGUAUCUGAUGUACAGCCCGCCCCAGAUGCUCCCGACGCAAACGCUCAAUCCGACCAGUGCACCGAGCGCGACGGGGAAAUCGAGAGUCAAGCGAACGGAGGGAGGAGACGGCGAGCAAGAAAUCCUCCAGCCGCUGAACCACGACUCGCACAUCAUCAAGCAACAGCCCACCAAUGUCUACAAUGCGGAUCGAUGGUGGUGGGCGGGGGUUGGGUUGACGGCGCUCGGAACGGUCAUGUACAUGCUACCAACCUCAGUGUAA